GUCUCAUCAUCACACUCACAUUCUCAUCAAUCAACUACUACAACAAACACCAACUUCAACUCACCUACCACAACUCCCAAACAUCACCAUGUCUGACUACAAGCCCACUGAGCACGACGGUCUCCGCAAGGAUGGCCAGCCCGACGGCCGCGUCGGCACUGGCGAGUUCGCUCACGGCAAGGUUGACCCCCAUGAAGCUGGUGUCCAGGGCGGAAAGACCUCUGGCAGCGGCAGCAGUGGAGGUCUCGAGAGCACCAGCGACGACAGCGGCGAUUACAAGCCCACUGAGCACGAUGGCCUUCGCAAGGAUGGAAAGCCCGAUGGCCGUGUCAAGGGCAAUAACUAGAUACACAUGUCUUGACGAAGCGUUUAACGAAGCGUUAUAUGCCUAGCAUUGAAUGAGAAUUGUUAACAACCGAAUUC